AUCUCUAAAUUCUACAGGAUGUGCGCUUGCGUUUUACCACUGGGUUAAUUUUUCCGUCUGUCAAAAGAAAAUCUUACGCCGGUUAAAAAAAAAUCAGUAACUUUUUUAUAAAAUCCGCUGAUAAAUUUAGACAUUGGGCCGUAAGAGAUUUCAGUAAAGAAAAAAAAAUAAUUGAAGUAUUCAAUUAUUUAAAUAAUGGAGGAAGAUCUCGUGCAGAGUCUUCAAGAAGUUGGCUACGAAGGCCCGCUAGAUGUGGGAAAACUGAAUCAUGCGUUGGAAAAAGGAGCCAAGAGUGUGGAUUUCACAGCACUGGUGUCCUGGUUGGCUGAACAACUUGCCAUGUUUUGUAAUCUGGAUGAGCAUGUCCAUCCUACAGCAUCUUCAGAAGAUUCUAGUACAUUUUUGCUGGAGUUGAGUUCAUUCCUAAAAGAACUAGGAUGCGUUAAUUCCCAAUUAACUUCGGGAAAUGUUAAUCAAAGAUUGGCUACUAGACAGGAAAGAGCUUUACUGCUGGAGUAUCUGAUAACUGAGUUGAUGGCGGGUAAAAUAAAUCAUGAAAAAAAUCCUGAUACUGCAAAACUUGAAUUGACUAUUCAUGAAAGUGAUACAGCGAAAGCUUUGAAGGAGAUGUUGAUAGCUUUGCAAUUUGGUAAACCACCGGACAAUAUAUCUGUUGAUCAACUGUUUAACAAACUUGAAGGAAAAUUAAAGACUAUCGUCGCCUCAGCACCAGCUGAUCUCCUCGGCAAGCCUUUGAUCAUCGGAGAAUUAUCAAGUUCUCAAUGGGAAAAACUAGAUCAGUUGCAAAAAGACAUGAAUGAGGAGUACAGAAUAAGACGGGAGAUGUUGCUCAAAAGAUUGGACGUUACUAUUCAAUCAUUUUUGUGGUCGGACAGAAUAAAGAAGAAAGAAGAUGAAGUUAAUUAUUGCUAUCGUGAGAAACGAAAAGAAUUGUCACCAGAACCGAAUGUUACGAUUCCUCAGUUGCUGGCUGCUAGAGACGACGUUGCGAUUAUUGAAAAAACAAGCAGCGCGUCUGUGAGAAAAAAUACCAAGAGCGAUGUCACCAAAGUUAUCAUCGGAGCUGUUCCUGAUAGAGGAGGGCGUGCUAAUGAACAAGCGCCGCCACCACCGGAGAUGCCUUCCUGGCAGAAAGAUCGAGUACAAGGUCCUGGAGGUGGUGGUCGAGGAGGAAGAGGCGGUGGUCGAGGAGGUGGUCGGGGUGGUGGUGAAGCUGGACGUGGAGGUAGAGGUGGUGGACGUGGGGGAUAUAAUAAAGAUGUAAAUACUAACUUCGGUCAGAACAACGACUGGCAAAAUUCAUCACAAGGCUCCGGUGGAUCGACUUAUCAGGAUAAUAGAGCUGGGGGUUAUCAAGGUGGAGGAUCAAACUAUCAGAACAAUAGAGCUGGUGAAUAUCAAGGCGGUGGAGGUGGUGGAUCAAGUUAUCAAAAUAACAGAGCUGGAGAUUACCAGAGAAGUGGUGGGACUGCCAGCGCUGGCGGUGGGACGUAUUAUCAAAAUAAUAGAGGCGGAAAUUAUUCAGAUAAUCGGGGUGGUGGAGGAUAUCAAGACAGCCGAGGUAGUGGUGGGUCUUAUCAAAAUAAUCAAAGUGAUUAUCAGCGAGGAGGUAGUGGUCGAGAUAGUAAUGAUAGUGGGUACAAUCGAGGACGUGGUGGAAGAGUCCAAGGUGGAUGGUCUCAAGGCGGUGGUGGUGGCGGUGGAUAUAAUCGCGGUGGAAAUCGUUCUAAUUAUUAAUUAAUGAAAUAAUAUAUUAAUGCUAUUAAUGAAUUUUUGUGUUUGCUACACGUAAAAAUGCUACAAUAUAUAUAUAUAUAUAUAUAUAUAUAUAUAUAUAUAUAUAUAUAUAUAAAAUUAAUUCAAUACUCGGUUUAAAGUAAGAGACCCAGUAUCCAAUCAGGAAACUUUGAUCAUUAAAAUUUUUUUUCCACCGAAUAAUGAUAAGUUUAACAUUUAUAUAAAUUUAUAUGUAAGCAUCACAGCUCUGACUGUAAUUAAAUACGUCAACUUAUGUAUAUACAAUAUAUUUUAUAAUUUAUUGGUUUUGAAUAUCAACUACUGCCAGUGCAU